AUGGAUAAUUUACAAUUAACUAGUUUUAAAGAAUAAACCACAAUAGUUUUGAUGCCGUAUCAUCUCAAAAAUAUUUAAAAAUCAAUAUAAAAUGUAAUUCCAAAGAUGAUUUUUACAUGCAGAAUACAUAAUUCAAUUCCAGUAAUUAUAUAUUUAAUUUAGAGCAUUGUCAUUGCAGUUAAAAAAGUUAGCCUAGUAUCAGAAUAUUUAGAAACUUUUGAUGAUCAACCAUAAAUGUUUAUAGAUAUUGAAUAUACAGUAACAUUAUUACAAUUACACUAAGGUAAAUAGAUUAAUUAUAUUUUAGGUUCCUUAGUUAAAGGGAGAUUAGUUCAAUAAUUUUAAUCACAUAUCAUUGUUUAGAUCUUUAAUAUAUUCAAUGUUUUAAUACCAGAAGAUGAAAUAAAUGAAAAAUCAUUUACUUGGAAUGAAAAUUUCAAUGCCUUUAUGAAUAGUAUUAAUAUUCAUAUACUUUAGGGUAAAAUGAGAUAUUGGAAAAUCAAAUAGAAUUAUAAAUAAAAAUUACAGAGGUUAUUUUAAAUGAAGCUGAUUAAAAAGAGUUCCAAAUUAAAGGUUCUUUAAAGGAUAGAAAAUAAACAGGGUAAAUAGGAUAUCUUUAAAAUUUGAUUGGUGAUUAGACUAAAAUAGAAGGUAUUAUUGCAAAAUCUCUUGAUUGUAUUAAUUGA